AUUAAUUUAUUAUACCUAAUCAAUAAUAAUGAAAAACUGAAUUUGUACUAAGCCUACGAUCUACAUCCCGCUACGUACAAAUUUUGAAUACCCCUGGUUAAUGGUUUGAAUAUUAUGUUAUAUUAUUACAAUACAUCUUCGUCAGUGGUUUUAUAAUUUAUACAUUUAUUCUUUGUCAACAAGUGUUAUAAAGAAUAAAGAUAUUCACGAAACUAAUACUAAUCUAACAAUGAAUAUAUCAAAUAUUAUAUACAAUAAUAACAUAUUAUUUAUAUACAUAUGGAACAGUGGAAUAUGACAUCUAUAUGCAUUUUGUACGUUUUAUAAUUUCAUAUUAUUAUUACUAGUAUUUUUUUUUAAUAAUACAACACCGUCCAUCUGUAAUGUAAUUGAACAUUUGAAGUUUGAACACAGAAUAUUGAACACGACAAACACUGAAACACGCGCGGGUGGUGUGUUGUCAACUUCAAAUUGUUGGUUUACAGAGCAUACCUGAGAAAUAAACGUUUCAGGCGUUCCAGCUGCUACUUGAAAAUCUUAUCGUUUACAAUAACACCGGUCGUCAGUUGAUCAACACUCGUAACUCGUAACUCAACUAGGAAUCUGUUCAAAUCGUUCACGAUGGCCGACGAAAAUGACGAGAUUCCACAAAAUGUACUUAACAUACUCAAGACGGCAUCGGAAGAAAUUUUGAACAAACAGGACGGUUGCUGUUUUACGGUGGAUAACGAACCCAACGAAGAAAACAUUACUGAAAAGUUUUCUUAUGAUGAAUCCGAGGUAGCCGAGUUUAUUAACUUUGAUAUGUUAGGAGAGGAAGGUGACAAUUUAGAGUCUUUCAAUCAUCUCAUUACUAAUACAAACCACGAAGAUCUUACUGGUGAUCGCAAGGUGUUAAAAAUAUUACUCAAUCAGGGAAUUGGUCAAGUUGUUCCAGAUAACUAUGUAGUUUUGAUACAUUAUAUUGCUUAUAUAUCAAAUCUUCAAGAACCAUUUGAUGUAACAUAUCUUCAAGGCAGAAAACCUAAACGUUUUACAYUGGGUAAUGGUGAACUCUUACCAGGAUUAGAAAUCGGUAUAAAAACAAUGACUACUGGUGAAAACUCAAGGUUUAUAAUAAAGCCAGAAUUGGCAUACAGAGAACUGGGUUGCCCACCUCGGAUACCACCUAAUGCAACUAUUCUGUUUGAUGUCCAUCUUGUUUCCUUUUUUUCACCUGAAAGUAUCUUAAACUUUGAUAGAGAAAACCGUGAUCCUGACAUCUUUAAUAAAAAUCUUGUACAAGUUAAAAAGUUGCAUCUUGAAGCUAAUGAACAAUUUAAACUUAAAAAUAUAGAAAAAGCUGUAUUUAAAUAUAAUCGGGCACUGGAAUUACUACAUAUAGCUGGAUGCAAAAAUGACAAUGAAGAAAUAGAAAUGAUGAAAUAUUUGAAUAAGCUUUAUACAAAUUUAAGUUUAUGUUAUUUAAAACAAUGUGCUUUUAAUAAGGUAUGUCGUAUGGGGAUAGAGGCGUUGAAAUAUUCAGAAAGAUUUUCCAAACACUCUGCAAAAUUAUUUUUCAACUGGGGAAAAGCAUUACGUCUACUAAAAGAUUUUACAGAAGCGAAGAAAAAGCUUCAAUUUGCAUUGAAACUUGAACCUCAAAAUGAAACAAUACAUUGUGAAAUUCAUAAGUUAGAAAAAGAUAAAGAAUUUCAUCGAAAUGUUGAAUUAAUUACAUUUAAAGAUGACAUAAAUGCUGAUGACAAAGAACGGAUGGCUCCAGAAUUUUGGGAAGUAUUCAACACACACUUAACUGAUUUUUAUACGGGUAAUGAUGAUGUAUUGACAGUUAUGCUGAACAAAAACCCUGAUGAUAUUGAGGUAGUCAAAAACAAGGCAAGUGCUUAUGACCUCAAAGUUCAUGUAAUCACUAAAGCUGGAGUUCAGACAAAUUGUAUUGCAAUUCAAAAAUAAUAUAUAGAACAAAACAAGUUAAAAUUAUUAUUUGAUACAUUUUAUAUCCAUAUUUAA